AUGGCGCAACUCGACACCCUCGAUUUGGUUGUCCUUGUGGCGCUUUUGGUGGGUAGCGUUGCCUACUUCACCAAAGGCACCUACUGGGCUGUCGCCAAAGAUCCCUAUGCCUCGUCUGGUCCGGCAAUGAAUGGCGCCGCCAAGGCAGGAAAGACUAGAGAUAUCUUGGAAAAGAUGGAAGAAACUGGCAAGAACUGUGUCAUUUUCUACGGCUCACAGACUGGAACUGCGGAGGACUACGCUUCGAGAUUGGCAAAGGAAGGAUCUCAGAGAUUCGGCCUCAAAACUAUGGUCGCUGACUUGGAAGACUACGACUACGAGAACUUGGACAAAUUCCCUGAAGACAAGAUCGCUUUCUUCGUUCUGGCGACUUAUGGAGAGGGCGAGCCCACGGAUAAUGCUGUCGAAUUCUACCAGUUCGUUACCGGCGAAGACGCUACUUUUGAAGGCGGCGCUUCCGCCGAUGAAAAGCCGCUGUCCUCCCUCAAAUAUGUCACUUUUGGUCUGGGUAACAACACCUAUGAGCACUACAACGCCAUGGUUCGCAAUGUGGACGCCGCUCUCCAAAAGUAUGGUGCACAACGUAUUGGCUCUGCUGGUGAAGGUGACGACGGCGCUGGCACGAUGGAAGAAGAUUUCUUGGCUUGGAAGGAACCCAUGUGGGCAGCACUUACGGAAGCCAUGGAUCUCCAGGAACGCGAGGCUGUCUAUGAGCCCGUUUUCAAUGUCACGGAAGAUGAAUCUAUGAGCGUUGAGGAUGAGAAGGUCUAUCUUGGUGAACCCACCAAAGGUCAUCUCGAAGGUCAACCGAAAGGCCCAUAUUCGGCCCACAACCCUUUCAUUGCGCCUAUUGUCGAGUCUCGUGAGUUGUUCACUGUAAAGGAUCGUAACUGUCUACACAUGGAAAUCAGCAUCGCUGGAAGCAACCUCACUUAUCAAACUGGUGACCACAUUGCUGUUUGGCCUACAAAUGCUGGAGUGGAGGUGGACCGCUUCCUCCAGGUUUUUGGACUUGAGGAAAAGCGUCAAACAGUUAUCAACAUCAAGGGUAUUGAUGUGACGGCUAAGGUUCCAAUUCCUACCCCUACCACCUACGAUGCCGCUGUUCGUUACUAUAUGGAAGUCUGUGCCCCCGUAUCCCGGCAAUUUGUCUCGAGUCUGGCUGCCUUCGCUCCCGAUGACACGACCAAGGCGGAAAUCCAGCGUUUGGGUAACGAUAAGGAUUACUUCCACGAGAAGAUCACUAAUCAAUGCUUCAAUAUCGCCCAAGCUCUUCAAAGCAUCACUUCCAAGCCAUUCACUGCCGUCCCGUUCUCCUUGCUCGUUGAAGGUCUCAACAAGCUUCAGCCUCGUUAUUACUCUAUCUCGUCUUCCUCUCUUGUCCAAAAGGAUAAGAUCAGUAUUACUGCAGUCGUGGAAUCUGUCCGUUUGCCUGGUGCCUCUCACAUUGUGAAGGGUGUGACUACGAAUUACCUCCUCGCGCUUAAGCAGAAGCAGAAUGGUGAUCCAACGCCUGACCCCCACGGCUUGACGUAUUCUAUCACCGGUCCGCGCAACAAGUACGACGGUAUUCAUGUUCCUGUCCAUGUCCGUCACUCGAAUUUCAAACUGCCAUCCGAUCCCUCGAGACCCGUCAUUAUGGUUGGACCUGGUACCGGUGUUGCACCUUUCCGUGGCUUCAUUCAGGAACGUGCCGCCUUGGUAGCUAAAGGCGAGAAAGUCGGAACAACCGUUUUGUUCUUUGGGUGCCGUAACCGCAAUGAGGACUUCUUGUAUCAGGACGAGUUCAAGGCCUGGGAGGAACAACUUGGUGACUCGUUGAAGAUCAUCACUGCCUUUUCCCGCGAAACUUCUCAAAAGGUGUAUGUCCAACAUCGGUUACGCGAACAUGCUGAGCUGGUUAGCGACCUUCUGAAGCAGAAAGCCACAUUCUACGUUUGUGGAGACGCCGCCAACAUGGCUCGUGAAGUCAAUCUUGUGCUUGGCCAAAUCAUUGCCCAACAGCGUGGUCUUCCCGCCGAGAAGGGUGAGGAGAUGGUCAAGCACAUGCGCAGCAGUGGAACCUACCAAGAGGAUGUUUGGUCAUAA